ACACACAUAUAAAUUCCUGUGGUGGAACCCUUUCUCUCUCCUUUUUGUUUUUCCCUCAAUUCUCUCUCUACUCGCGCGCCUCAUCGAGAUCCACCACAGCAAAACCCUAGCUCCUCCUCCUCCACAUCUAGAGAGAGAAACGAGAAUAAGAGAGAGAAAGAGAAGCUCAGGGACUCUACCGGCAAAUUUCUCUCUUACAUCAACCCGAUCCGAUUCAAAUCCAGGGCGGUAAUUAGGAGUUUGAUUAAUUGACGAUGGCGGCGGAAGCAGCAGCAGUAGCGGCAGUAACACCAGUUUCUGCUCAAGUUGUUGCGAAUGCAUUUGUGCAGCAAUACUAUCAUAUAUUGCACCAUUCGCCCGGACUGGUAUUUAGGUUUUACCAGGAUAUAAGCAAGCUUGGACGCCCUGAAGAUGAUGGAUCCAUGGGCAUCACUACGACAAUGCAAGCAAUAAAUGAUAAGAUACUCUCACUCAACUAUGGAGACUUCAGAGCAGAGAUCAAGUCUGUGGAUGCCCAGGAAUCGUUUAAUGGCGGGGUGCAUGUGCUUGUAACCGGAUAUUUGACCGGGAAAGACAACUUGAUCCGAAAUUUCUGUCAAACUUUCUUCCUAGCGCCGCAAGAUAGGGGGUACUUUGUCUUAAAUGAUAUGUUUCGAUACGUAGAGACUCUUGUUCAGCCUGAUACAGUCCAGGUUCCAGUAGCGAAUGUUGUGGCUCCUGUCACACCGGAGCAAAUUGUUGCAGAUCCACCUCCAGUACAGCAGAAUCACAUUCCUGAGGAAAGCGCACCACCAGCAGAGGAAGCUGAUGUUGGAGAAGUUUACAACCCACCGGAGAAUGGUGAUGUGCCUAUUGUUGAAGACGAAGUCCCUGUGUCUGAGGUUGUCGAUGAAGUCCAAGAUGUCCCUGAAGUGGUAGUUGAAUCUGACAACAAAAUUGGGGAAACCCCUAAGAAGUCAUAUGCUUCAAUUGUCAUGCAUCUCAAGGAAAGUGCUGCAACCUUCUCCCCUGCUCCAGCACCUGCUCCUAGGAAGCCUAUGGCAAAGAGUGUUGAGCAAGUGAAUAAGCCUGCUGCCACAGUUACUGAUGGUCCAUACUCCAGCUCAGAUACUGUUGAUAACAUGAAUGACACAGAAGCAGCUGAUGGCUACUCAAUCUAUAUAAAAGGCUUGCCUAUGAGUGCAACUGUAGCCUUACUUGCAGAGGAGUUCAAGAAGUUUGGGCCAAUAAAAAAUGGAGGAAUUCAAGUUAGAAGUAACAGGCAACAGGGAUUUUGUUUUGGAUUUGUUGAAUUUGAAGUGGAAAGUGCUGUGCAAAAAGCAAUCGAGGCUUCUCCAAUCGUAAUUGGUGAUCGACAAACUGUGGUUGAGGAGAAGAGGUCUACCAAUUCUCGAGGUAACACCAGAGGUGGUAGGUUUCAAUCUGGAAGGGGUGGCGGAUUCCGGAAUGAUGGAGGACGAGGGCGAGGAAACUAUGGAGGUGGCAGAGGUUAUGGUCGAGAUGAUUUUAAUGGAAGAAAUGAGUUCAACAACAGGGGUGGCAAUCGUGGAGGGUCAUCAAAUCGUGGAGGUGAAGGAUAUCGCCGAGCUGACAAUACAGGUGGGCGAAUAAAUCGUGGUGGUGGGAUGCCUAGAACAGCCAAAGCCCCGGCACCUCGUUAUUCUGCUGCAGCGUGAAGAGUAGUAGCUUAGUAUUAUUAUUUGGAAUGACAUUUAAGAUGAUUUAUUGUUGAGGUGGAAAGAAAUUUUGUCAGAGCCAUGAUGUUUUCUCAAAGAGCUCUAUUUGCUAAUUUUUCUAGUUUAAUUCCUCUUUUUCUGGUUAACCAGAUAGGUUUUUAGGAGAUUUCUUUGUGUAGCAUACGGGUGUUGGAGCCCCUAAGGAAGAGAUUAUAUCGUCGUCAUUCGUGGGCAUUUGCCUUUUUUUUUGUAUUGAAUUAUUUUUGGGGGCUUUUUUACUUGUGGUAAUUUAAUUUUUUUUACUUUUCA